CGAAGAUCGUCGUGAUCUUCCUCUUCUCCUCUUUCUCACGGGCAGGAUCGGCUCUUUUUGUCUGAGAAUCUCGUGGAAUCCCGAAAUAAAAAAUAUCUUUUUUUGAUCUUCCACCUGAUUUAUAGAAGUAAAAGCAAUUAUACACCAUGAAAGCACUCAUCCUUGUUGGGGGAUUUGGCACUCGCCUCCAUCCUUUGACACUAAGUUUCCCAAAGCCAUUGGUUGAUUUCGCCAACAAACCAAUCGUACUUCAUCAGAUUGAAGCUCUUAAGGAAGUUGGAGUUACUGAAGUCAUCUUGGCCAUCAACUAUCAACCAGAGGUUAUGAUUAGUUUUCUGAAGGAGUAUGAGGAUAAACUUGGAAUUAAAAUCAGAUGUUCCCAAGAGACUGAACCACUUGGCACAGCUGGUCCCUUGGCUUUAGCCAGAGACAAGCUAGUAGAUGGUUCCGGUGAGCCCUUCUUUGUCCUCAACUGCGAUGUCAUAAGUGAAUAUCCUUUCGCUGAACUAAUUCAGUUCCACAAAUCGCAUGACGGGGAGGCAACGAUAAUGGUGACCAAGGUUGAUGAGCCAUCCAAAUAUGGUGUUGUUGUUAUGGAUGAAGACAGUGGGGGGAGGGUUGAUAGAUUCGUGGAGAAGCCCAAAGUUUUCGUAGGGAACAAGAUCAACGCAGGGAUUUACUUACUGAAUCCAUCCGUCUUAGAUCGUAUUGAGCUGAGACAAACCUCUAUGGAAAAGGAAGUUUUUCCAAAAAUUGCAUCAGAUAAACUGCUCUAUGCCAUGGUCUUACCAGGUUUCUGGAUGGACAUCGGGCAGCCAGAGGACUACAUCACCGGCCAAUGUCUCUAUCUGGACUCCCUGAGGAAGAAAGCAUCAACUAAAUUAGCUGCCGGUCGUCAUAUCGUAGGGAACGUUCUGAUCCACGAGAAUGCUGUGAUUGGAGAAGGAUGCAUCAUUGGGCCAGACGUUGCCAUAGGUCCAGGAUGUGUGAUUGACUCCGGAGUCAAGUUGUCAAGGUGUACUGUGAUGCGAGGUGUUCUCAUCCAGGAGCAGGCAUCCGUCUCCAGCAGCAUUAUUGGUUGGCACUCAACGGUAGGGCAGAGGGCACAAAUUGAAAACAUGACCAUCGGGGAGGGCGUCCAUGUUUACGAUAAGGUACACAUCAAUGGAGGGGUUGUUCCCCCACACAGAGAAAUCAAAUCAAGCAUCUUGACGCAUGAGACGGUUAAGUGAUGCGAGAAGCGAGACCUGAUUGUCGGUGCUAUUUUACUCAUCUGCCUUGUUCCUCAAUUUUAUUAUUAGCAGUGAUUCAAUUUCAGUGUUCCGACCGUAGAUAUAAUAGUAGUGUUGGUAGCAUCAAAAAAACCCGGGAUAUGGAAGCUCAUUAGGUGUGUUUUUUUUCCGUUUUUUUAGUUCUUAGCCUCUGCACUCAAUUCAAUAAAGCACUAUCAGGUACUCUUG